GCUUUCUCCUAUGUGAAACGAGUGACGCAGAAGGUUGGUAAAAUGGAGUAUGCUUCCAAGUUCAUCUCUGCCCGAGCUAAGAGGAAGGCCUCUGCUCUGAGAGAGAUGAACCUACUGUCUGGGCUGGACCACGAGAGAGUCCUGUAUUUCCAUGAUGCCUUUGAGAAGAAGAAUGCAUUCAUCAUUGUCACAGAGAUAUGCAAUGAGGAGUUGCUGGAGAGGUUAACAAAGAAAUCUACAGUAAUGGAGUCAGAUAUCCGCUCCUGCAUGAGACAGUUGCUGGAGGGUGUGGACUACCUUCACCAUCAAAAUAUCAUCCAUCUGGAUAUCAAGCCUGAUAACAUCCUCAUGGCAGACCACCAUGGUGAUCAAAUCCGCAUCUGUGAUUUCGGAAACGCCAUAGAGCUCACACCCGAUGAGGCUCAGUACUGCAAAUAUGGCACACCAGAAUUUGUUGCCCCAGAAAUUGUCAACCAAACUCCUGUGUCCAAGGCAACUGACAUCUGCCUGACUGGAGUGUCUCCGUUUGCUGGAGAGAAUGACCACAGAUCCGUGCUCAACAUCAGGAACUACAAUGUGGCCUUUGAGGAGAGUAUGUUCGCUGACCUGUGCCGAGAAGCCAAGGGAUUCAUCAUCAAACUGCUGGUGGCAGACAGACUGUGA